CUUUCUCGGCCUUUUGGCUAAGAUCAAGUGUAGUAUCUGUUCUUAUUAGUUUAAUAUCUGAUAUGUAGGCCAUCGGCUCACACGAUAUUAACUCUAUUAUUUAAGGGUGAAAGUCCAUUAAGAUAGCUUGCUAUCUGGGUUUUCGCGAGUCGCCCAUGCGUUGCACUAUUGCACGGGCCUGGCUCAGCCCGCCAAUAAAUUAGUUCACUUUUCAAUUCUAUUCAGUUUAAAUAAGUUGUCUUAAAAGUUGAAACCUCAUUAACCUAGUUAACAAAAGUGAUAAUUAUUCGUCGGAGCUAAAACACUAAUUAACCUACCAUCUCGACAAAAUUUGUAGAUUUUGGAAGAGAAAGAGUGAUGAGUCGUGGGAAUUACAAGAACCCGUGCUUGACCAUGCAUCAGCCAUGGGCUUCACUUCUCGUCCAUGGUAUCAAACGCAUCGAAGGCAGAUCCUGGCCUUCCCCAAUUCGAGGUCGUUUAUGGAUUCAUGCUGCUAGUAAAGUACCUGAUGAAGCUACUAUUAAAGCAAUGGAAGAGUUUUACCAAGAAAUUUAUGCUGUUGAUGGCAUCACUGAUAUUCAAUUCCCCCAACAUUAUCCUGUUUCAAGACUAAUUGGAUGUGUUGAGGUUGUUGGCUGUGUCACCUCCGAUGAACUUCAGAACUGGGAUGCUUUACCUCAAGGGGUGAGGCUUGAAGGACAAACCAAUUUUUGUUGGCUAUGUGAGCAGCCACAGAAACUGAUUAUUCCAUUUGAGAUGCGUGGGUACCAGGGCGUCUAUAACUUAGAAAAUAAGAUUUAUGUAGCAGCAGCGAGAGGUCUUAUGCCUUCUCAAAACUCUUUUAAGGUGAAAUUCCCUCUUCCAGACCCAAAAGACCCGUUUUCUUUGAAACCUGGUUCUAUUCCUUGUACAAUACAAGAGAAGAAAGCACUUGAUUCAGAGCAAGUUACCAGUCUCACAGCUGCAAUUGCCGGUGCAAAAGCAGCGGCGACACAAUUUUCGAAGAAGGGACAAAGUCUCCAAACAAAUAAUAUAUUUGAUUACACAACAAGAAGCAAGAGAAAAGGUAUUGAAGAUGAUGCAUCAGAAUCCCUCGAUAACCCGGUUCUUGGUUCUGGUGGAACGCCUGACCGUACUUAUACAACAAGAAGCAAGAACAAAGGCACACAGAUGGGUGAAGAAGUAUGUAGUGAAAGCAGCAGCAGCAGAGUAGAAUCUAGUCAAAGAAGUGUAGUCACAAAGAGAGAGGACAGGAAUACAAGUAUUGGUGAAAGAAGGUUUGAUCCUGGAUCUGCCCGGAUUAUGGCCGCUGCAAUUAGGAACUUGAAGCCACCGUCUUGAUCUACUGUGACAAGGUUGUACCAUAUUUUGUAUCAUUCUUUCUAAAACAUGUUCAUUUCAAAGUUUGACAUCGCUAUAAGUUGGUUUAUAGGUUUCUUUAUACUUCAAUUUAACUUAUAUGAGAGAAUCUUUAUUGUCUUGUUCAAAGAAAUUCAUGUGGACUAAGACUAUAAGAAUAUUCAAAACAAAUGUAUAAGCGUAAAAUAAAGAGCAAAGUUUAGUAAGAA